CCUACCUCUAACUUCAUCGUUGUCCCAACUCUAAAUUCCAAGCACCAUCCCGCCAUCCACCAUGUCGACUAUUGCCUCCCCCCGCGAAUCCUCUCUCCCCCGCCGUCAAAUACCCCAGAUUCAUACCCCGACCGGCUCUUCGCGCGCCAGUAUCGACAGCCCCCGGAUCGGUAGCUCAUCCCCCAAUCGGGGCCCAGCACCACGGCGGAACCGCGCGGCCCUACGAGAAUACUAUAAUAUUAAAUCUGCGGAUGCUGAAUCAGGGAAAGGGGAUAUCGACGAUGCUAGCAGCGAGUACUCGAUUAAUGACCAGAGCGAUGUCCAAGAGAGCGAGAUGGACCAGGAGGGCUUUGAUGGGGAGGUGUAUGUGAAGAGGGUACUGGAGACACAAAAUUUAGAGGAGCUGCUCAGAACAUAUAAUGGGGUUCUGACAGACAUCAGAGCUUUGGACGCAGAGAAGAAGGCCCUUGUUUAUGACAACUACUCCAAACUAAUUGCUGCGACCGAGACGAUAAGGAAGAUGAGGGCUAAUAUGGAUCCAUUGAAUCCAAUGGCCUCGACGCUGGACCCCGCAAUUGCACAAAUAUAUGAGAGAGCGAAUGCUGCCAAGGCUGAUCUGAGGGCUUCAAUGACUUCCACCCAGCAUGCCGAGGCAGAGAUGAGCGAAGAAGAUAGGGAGAAGGCGGUGAAGAGGAGGAAGACGAGAGAUGCGGUUCGAAAGGUGCUUGAUACCCCUGAGAGAUUACGAACUUUGGUAGCGGAGGGCAACGAAGAAGAUGCGAGAAACGUGUGGGAGCCAGUGCUCAGAGUUCUAGAGACUUGGAAAGAGCAAGGCAAAGGCGGAAUGGAUGUGCAGGAUUGCAUUGAUGACGGUGAAGCGGCAUUACGUGGGGAACCGCCGAACGAGCGAAGCUGGGUUAAUAUAAAGGCGAAAAAAUAACCUCUACAGCCACAACUCUGAUGCCAACUUCAAAACCUAUCAAAUAGUUGCAGGCUAUGUGAGCUAUUUUACAUUUCGCCCUCAUAUCUACCAACCACUCGACCCUGCCACGAUAAUCUCAUACGGAUCUCUAUCCACCUCGCUAACCGCCACCUCAAAGUCGGCGACAUCAGACGGGGCCUCCCCAGCUACCGGCUUUGCGCCAUCCAGCCUCGUACUCGCGGCCUGGGCCUUCAAUGCUUCGGCGAUGUGCGCCUGCAGGUCCUGCUUCAUCCCUUGGCUCAGGAAUUUCCUCUCCGAGUUACUAUGGAACGCCGUGACAACAACCUUGCCCUGCUCGAUCGCCCCCAGCGCCUCGUGGUGGCUCAGCUCCCCAGUGAACAGCAAGUCCACAUCCUGCCCAUUAAGCAUCGAGCCAGAGCCAGCACAAAUCCCAACAGAGGAUAUUUUAAGAUCUGCCUUGGAACCCGUGGGGGUAUCCUGUGGGACAGCUAGACAGAUUCCUGAUAGAGGGCCAAGGCCAUUUGUGAUCCGUUCUACUAGCGUGCCGAGUCGUUGAGGUUGCUCGAAGCGGACAAUGCGGCCAUAACCGGCGCUUUCGAAGCCUGGAACGGCAUCUUUGACUGGGGUUAUGACCUCCUUGGUAUGUGCUGCGGCGUUGCUUUGGGAAGUUAGUUCUGGUACUGUGGUAGGCUUAGGAAUGUUUGUUACCUUAGUCCUUCGCUGUUUGCCUUUCCUGUUACUACGUCUGCGAGCCAGUCAUUGAGGCCGCCAGGCGCAGCAUCAACCGCUGUAUGCGGACAGUAAACACUGAUACCCUCUUGAGCUAGCCGGAGGAGUGACUGUUGCUGGGUGUUUGCAAGGGUGAUAGCUUUCAGGCUUCGGAAAAUGAUUGGAUCUAGUAAUAGUUUUUUAGCAAACUUCUUGGUUGAAUAGGAAUAUAAGCCUCACGAUAUGCAAUGACUACUGAGUCCUUCCUCCUAAUUG